AGUGGGAAAGGAGCCACCAGGGAGAUCCAUGGUUUAGGACUCCCACAAACUCUGCUGUCCCGUGGAAUAGACGGCCAGGACCUGCUGAAGAGCGGGUGCAGACCUGGCAAUCUAAAUAGGUGCAGUUUGGGCUUAGCUACAGGGACCUCCAGAAAGAGCAAGGAGAGCGAAUGUGGAGAUCCGGAGAGCCAACCCUCUCAUUUCCCUCAGUGCUGAGAUUGGCAGUGUCACUCAGAGCCUCCACGGCUGGCCCCUGGUCCCUUUGGUGCCUUUGCAACAAACAGGAUCUCUCGGCCACCCUGGUGAGCACCUCAGCGAUGCAUUUGCCCUGGUGAACCCCAUGAAGAAGGUACCAGCCAUGAAGGAUAAUGGCUUCGCCUUGAGCGAGAGUGUGGCCAUCCUGCUCUACCUGACCCACAAGUAUAAGGUUCCUGACCACUGGUACCCCCAAGAUCUGCAGGCCCGUGCUCGUGUGGAUGAGUACCUAGCAUGGCAACACACAGCCCUUCGGAGAAGCUGCAUCCGGGCCCUGUGGCAUAAGGUGAUGUUCCCUGUGUUCCUGGGUGAGCAAGUGCCUUCUGAGAGGCUGGCAGCCACAUUGGCAGAGUUGGAUGUCAACCUGAAGGUGCUUGAAGACAAGUUCCUCCAGGACAAGGCCUUCCUUGUUGGGCCCCACAUCUCCCUGGCUGACUUGGUAGCCAUCACAGAGCUGAUGCAACCUGUAGGUGGUGGAUGUGCAGUCUUCGAAGGGCACCCCAGGUUGGCUGCGUGGUACCAGCGAGUGGAGGCAGCAGUGGGGGAGGACCUCUUCCGGGAGGCCCAUGAGGUCAUCCUGAAGGUGAAGGAUUCUCCACCUGCCAACCCCAUCAUAAAGCAGAAGCUCAUGCCCAGAGUGCUGACCCUGAUCCAGUGAAUCCAGAAGCUUCAUCCCUUCAGCAUUAAAGGCAAUUCACAAAGCACCUGCAUUUCACUAGGGAUCCAACCUGGCCUCACCACAUGCUGUUUCUCAGGCCAGGUUCCAUCUUCACUCUUUAUCCGUGAUAGCCACACAUGACCACAACUAUUAUCCUUACCUUUUGAUUUGAGUUUGGGUAAUAAACCUAGGCUCGAUUGGA